CUCCCUUAUUUUCACCCCUGCUGCGUCAGUUAAGGCGUGUUCACGGAUCCUGGUUCUUACUGACAUUUUUGGAAGUCACGCAAAGGCUCGGACACAGGGCAAGUUUGUAAACCUCUCCAGCCACACGAAGAUGUUCUAUCUCCGAAAAGUUGUCGGUGGCAUCGUUGACGUUGUCAACAACAUUGACCCCGAGCAGUUUGCGCCCUCAAAUCCUCCUCCUCCACGCCGGCCAACCGUUUACGCAGAGCAGCAUGAAAACGACGAGGAAAAGCAGUUCCGCAGAGUCUUCCAGCAGCUUGCUGGAGAUGACAUGGAGGUGAGCCCUACUGAGCUGAUGAACAUCCUGAACCGGAUCAUCUCAAAGCAUGGAGACCUGAAGACGGAUGGCUUCAGCAUCGAAUCCUGCAGGAGUAUGGUGGCAGUCAUGGACUCGGACAGCACCGGGAAACUUGGCUUCCAUGAAUUCAAACAGCUGUGGAACAACGUAAAGAAAUGGCAGGGCGUGUACAAGCAGUAUGACGCCGACCGCUCAGGUCUCAUCGGUGCAGACGAGCUGCCGAACGCGUUCAAAGCUGCAGGCUUCCCCCUCAACGACCAGCUGUUCAAUAUGAUCAUCCGCAGGUAUAGCGACGAAAGCGGCAACAUGGACUUUGACAACUACAUCGGCUGCCUCGUGAGGCUGGAUGCGAUGUGUCGGGCCUUCCAAACCCUGGACAAAGACAAAAACGGGACUAUCAAAGUGAAUGUUCAAGAGUGGCUUCAGUUGACCAUGUACUCCUGAGUCCUGGAGAUGUCGCCCUCUUCCUCACCGGCUGGUUUUCUGAAAUUACUCCUCUUUAUCUAAGCACUUCAAAAAUAUUUUAUCUAGAUGUCCCCACAGCUUCCUGUGUUCCUCAUUAGUUAGGAGCGCAUGCAUGCAGUUUUUUUCUGAGUAACGCAUGUAGGUCAAACCUGCAAGCAGCAUGGUCUCCAUACCUGCAGUGUUUUGUUCCGAGACGGUCAGAUGUGUGGUGGAGGGUUUGGCGGUCAUGCUAUGAAAAAUUGACAUUUUGUAAGAUGCACUUGUUUUUUUGCAAUCAAAUUUCCUUUUCCAUAUUCAUAAAAGCUUUUUUGGCAUGUCUCUGGUGCUGUGUUGGUAAAAAUAAGUUAGCAAGGUGAAGUGACAGCCCGGUUCAGCUUCGCCCGUUUAUUUCUGCCAGUUUCACCUGUUUGAAUUCUUCUUUGAGCUCUCUGGGCGUGUGUCAGCCUGAGUGACAACCCCAUGUCUACCGCCGCUUUGUUUUGUUGGACCUGCUGGGUGUGGGAGGGUAUUCCUUCAGCGGUUGAAUGAAUACUGCAACCUUGACCUGGCAAAUUCCUAGAAAUGCUCUAUAAAGCCUCACCCUUGACACAACUUCCACUACUGAGACCAUGUGUACGGUAUGCAGGUCUCUAAGACCUAUUGUGUAAAGUCAGAUUUGUUAGAACCCUGCAUUUGCGAAACCGGCUUUUAAGUGCAGUAAUCACCAAUUUUUAGUUGGACAACAGUGAGAUGAUGAAAUUAAAAUCUUUUAAUCUCUGCCAAACUUCAAAACCCCUCAACUAUCAAGACAACGAUGUCCUUGUUAACCGAUUGACUUUUUUUAGUCCAACAGUUCAACUUUUAAUUGUAAAUAUUUGUUGAAACUGUCCUGUUAUGAUGGUAAGGAAUAAGACAAUCUGAAAAAAUAAAAAAAUCAAGCUCCUCUAUUUGCUUCCAAUGCAAUCUAGAAACAACCAAUCGGAGCCAGGAGGAGGGUCUUCACACCAUCAACCACUGCUCCCUGUACCACCGCUCUCUAUUAUGCUGCAAGCUGUUGUGAAUGCUUAUGUUGGCUAGCAUGGCCACCAACGAUGGCGGAUAAACGGUUUUCCUGUAACGGGAAGUUGUUUCUCUGCCAGCAGCACAUUUAGCAGCAAGUAUGCGAUGCUGAUUGACAGUGUUAAGACACUCCUCCUGGCUCUGAUUGGGGAUUUUUUUUUUUUUUUACUUCAGAUAGCAAUAGAGGCUUAGGAAAGAGGGUGAUCUUUCUCAUAACAUACCGUCACGUCAUGGUGACAGUUUUAACAAAUAUAUAAAGAUUUUUCAUAAGUUACAUACUGCACAUGUAAGGGCUUAAAAUAAAUUGGUGAAAGGUAACACAUUCUGAAUGUAUCGAAAUUAUAACCCCAAGCCUUUCUCUACAGUGAGCGAAUCUAGUAUCGCUCGUCUUGGUACGCAGGGUUUUAAACGUCAAUUCUGUUAGAACAGCGCACGCACUUUCUGCUUCCUCUCACUUUACGCAUUACUUCAGCUGUGGUAAAAUGUGCACCAGGUUUUGUCAGCACAAUGAAUUAUGCGAGUCAAUUAUGUGCCUCUAAUGUACGCUAAAAGGUUGUUGCCAUGUAGUUAGAAUUCCGCUCAUUUAACUGUUACUGAAUGUGCUGCUGUCCAAUAAAUGCCUGUGCCAUGUUUGGAAUAAAACGUGUUUCAUAGUCGUC